AUGUCCGACAACAGACGCCGUAAUGGCGCUCUAGGUACUUGGGUGCCAUUGGUUGUAACGGCCGCCGUUGCUACCGUCAGUGUCGCAGCAUGGAUCUGGAGCCAGCGCAAGGACCAGAGCGAGGAACACGAGACCAACUCGACCCUCCAGGACCUCGACUACGAGAACGCCGACUACGGCGACAACCCGGCCUACGGAGCCACCGGCGAGGGUCGUCUCAAGCCGCCAGCCCGUUCCCCCAACGCCCAAGCACAACAACAGGCCGAAGGAGGAGGAGGAUGGGGCCUCCGACGCACCCCGAGUCCGGCCGACUUCUUCAACACCGCGAAGCGACAGGUCGCCGCCGGCGUGACUGCAGCGGGCGCAGCUGUUGAGAAUGCUACUACCUCUUCCAGAAAUGAUACUCCCGUUGUUCAACCUACCACUGUUACUGCCCCGGUUACCGCUUCCGCUACUACUACCACUGCCACUACUGCCACCUCCAACAAGAACCAACGCCGGAAGAAGGUUGCCAUUAUUGUCUCGGCCGAUAACCACGUGGAAGCUGGUGAUGAGGAAUACCAUGAGCAUGCUUCCAUCCUCUCCCACAUCCCCCGUAAUAUCGACCUCUCCCUGACCAAGCUUUACAUCCUGAUCUACGCUCCUCAGCUCAAGGACAACAAGUCCGAAGACUCCUCGAAGCCUGCCUCGCUAAGCUCUUCCUUCUCCAACAUCGAAGCCGAGACUCCCGCCGAGACACCCGCCGAGAGCAAAGACAAGGACCCUCUUGCCAACUCCGCCUACACCUCCCUCUACAACCAAGCCACCACUCUCGUCUCCAAGCCCUCUCACAUCCUGACCUUCUCCACUCCCGCCGGCCACUCCCACAUCCUCCGUCACAUCCAGCCCGAAAUCAUCUACCUUCAGGAAUCCCUUGCAGGCCCGGAUGGAAGCGUGAUCACUUCCCUCCAGACCUGGCUAAGGCACGAUAUUGUCUUGGUGGUUGGUGCUGAGCAGGGAGACGGCGGUCUUGCUGACUCAGACUCUGAGGACGAUGACACGGAGAAGAACGGCGAGAAGGAGAAGAAGAAGGACGAGGAAGUCAAGUGGUGGCAGAAGGAAGAGCGUGUGGGACGGGGGAGGGGAGUUGUUGUGGUUGAUGUGAGAGCCGGCAAGUUGGGUGAUGAUUGGGUUAGGAGGGUUCAGGGACGGGAGUAA